AUGUUUUUAAUAAAGUUCAAUCAGAUGAUUAUUUACUUAACCUACCGAAAAUCCUGCGUCUCUUCCGGUGUCUGAAAAGCUGCAUGGUGAUUUCAGAAAUUUUCAUCUGAUUAUUUUCUUUAUCAGCAUCUGAUUAAUUGUUGUCAACUUAUUCACUUUGAUAAAACAAUUAUUAUCAAAACUGUAUCAGGAAUGGCUGAUCUGGUAUUUGCUGUGGAUGACCAGCCGCCAGUGCCCUCUACCGCAUAUCCGCAUAUACAGUAGAGCAUACGGCCUUCUGCAAUCUUCAGAGGAUCAACCGAGCUGAGGAUCCUCAAGAAAUUAGGAGAAGGAGACAUAGCGACAAUGUCACAGAGGACAUUAGAUCGGCCAUGUCACGUCUCACAGCUGGCCGAAUCACGGUCAUUCAGUUUCUCAUGAAAGUGGGCCACUGUGCAGAUAAUAUUAUAGUUUUGAAUAGACGCCAAGAGCAUGUGGACGACAUAGCUGUUGACAUCGAUUUGAUGUUGCCGGUAUCCGCAGAAGAGGUGGCGAUGGAGGUUGCCCCCCCUAGACGGCGAUUAGCGGCAGCCUAUGCCAGACGGCAACGAAGACGCCAGCAGCCCUAUGCAAGGCAACAGCGGCCGGUUCAAGACGUCAAUGUGGCGUUGCAGCAGCCAGCCUCUCCUCCACAGCAGCUGGUUGAGAACAUUGCAGUCGAAGAACUAUAUGCAGGCCCAAAUCUGGAAAAUUAUAGGCUGGAGAAGAUUCGCCUGGAUAUAAAUUCCAUUCAUUCUUGUCCACCGCAAGAUUUUGUUGAGCGGCAAUUGCGGGAGUUGGAGAGGGAUUUGGAGGAGGACAGGGAGGCUACUUCCGAACACAUAGCUCCUUACCCGCAAUGCAGUUAUUGCUUAACAAACACGGCAACCAGAAUGGCAGUACCAUGUGGGCACUGGGCAGGAUGCAUAGAAUGUUGCAGUCUAUUGUUAGAAUGUUACAAACUAUUCAAGAUGGCGGACAAACGUUUUGAAGUGUCAGAAAGUAGCUUUUUCAAUUGGAAAAGGAACCACAUUCUAUUAUAAAAUGUUGAAAUUAUACAUCAAACUGAAGAGAAUUGAAUCCUCUACAACCCAACAUUCAGUACUUAUUUUUCUAUGCAUUCCCAUUGUUGUUGGGUAAU